AUGAAACCCCCUGGGAUCGCUUUAGCAACAGAGAAUUCAAUAAUCCUGCAGAACUUGGAUUUUGCUGCAAGCGGCAGCUACUCGUGCGAGGUAUCUCUCGACACACCGAUUUACACCAAAGCCUCUCCCGAAAAACAACUCACUGUUUUCCAUCCACAAAAACAUCAUCCUAGAAUCGACUUCCCUAUGCGCUUCCUGAGUUUUGGUGAGACCUUGCGAGCUAAUUGCACUACAGCACCGGCCUUGCCAGCUCCUCAUAUCACGUGGUUCAUCAAUGGGCGCAAGAUGGAUGAACUUGUUGCUCAGUCUCACAAGUUUCGCGUACCGAUGAGUGAACGAAGUGGAAGGAGAGGUCUUCAGAGAAGUUUCGAAUAUGAUCACAGUCUCAGCAGUCCUCCUCCACUUUUGACCCUCACGCACGCAUCCCACGUCGCCACUCGUCCACCUGGCUGCAACCUAAAAGAACAUCAGAUUGCUGAAAUCAAGGAGCAUGAAGAACUGAAUAUAAUUCACACAAGCAGCCGACAUAAAAAUCGAAAACCCAGUAAAAGAGAAUUAUACGUAACGGUGUCAGAACUGCAAGUAGUGGCAACCGGUAGGCUUGAGAUAACUUGCGUCAGCACAAUACCAGAGUUCAGAAGUAUUGAGGAUAAGUUUGCUGAUGUCAGAAAUGAUACUGCCAUAGUUGACAUCAUCAAACCUCCAGCGCUGUCGCAGCCGCCUGCAAACAUCACGAAAGCUGACUCCAGCAUAUCUGGAACGUCUAACACACCACUUUCAUCUUUAAUGUGUAUUAUAUUCAUUUGGUUGCUCACAGUUGCUUGA